AUGGCUAACGCAGAGACUAUUGGAAAUCUGUUAGGUGACUAUGACAAGGUGAAGGCAGUGUCCGAAGGCUCCGACUGCCGGUGCAAGUGCCUGGUCAGACCCCUGGGCCGUGGUGCCUGCCAAAGGAUUAACGAAGGCGCUUUCAAAGCAGAGGAUUUUUACACCGUGGAAACCAUCACGUCAGGACCCAGCUGCAAGUGUGCGUGCGUGGCUCCCCCCUCGGCACUCAACCCCUGCGAGGGGGACUUCAGGCUGAAGAAGCUGCGGGAGGCAGAGAGCAGCGACCUGAAGCUGUCGUCCAUCGUCGAGAUGCUGGAAAGUGCCUUUUAUGGCUUAGACCUUCUGAAGCUGCACUCGGUCACAACCAAACUGGUGGGUCGGGUGGAAAAGUUGGAAGAGGGCAUGUCCAGGAACUUCACACAGGAUGGCCAGCGGGCAGGAGCCAGUGGGGAGGAGAGUCUGCAGGAUGCCCCCAGCAGGGACAGGGAGAACUGCUCCAGGCUCCUCACCAACAGCCUCACCGACAUUGAGAGCUCCCUGCAGCGAGACGCUGAGGCUGCCUACACACACACAGAGGGAAAAUAUGAAGAAAGAUUCCUGAAAGAUGAAACCAUCUCCCAGCAGAUCAACUCUGUUGAGUCCCUCCCGGAGCUGCACCUCUCUCCAGAGGACGAGAAGCCUGAGCAGCUCUUGCAGAGGAAGCUGCAGGUGAGGGGCAGGCCUCCUUCCAAGCCCACCAUUGUCCGAGGGGUCACCUACUACAAAGCCCAGUCCACCGAGUCGGAGAACGACAUCGAGGAACAACCUGAUGAGCUGUUCAGCGGGGACAACACGGUGGACCUGCUGAUUGAGGACCAGCUCCUGAGGCCGAGCAGCAGGGCAGGCAAGGGCGCGAGGAAACCAUCCCCGGUGGGAUGGCCACCCACCCCCGGCAGCAUUCCCACCACCCUGCCAGCUGCUGACACUGCUGCCACGGUGCCACUGUCACCUGCCACAGCCACGGACCCCACGCCAGACCCCACUGCUGUCAGCUGGCUGACCCCCACCCCAGAGACCACGACUGCCCUGGCAGGGCUGAUGGAGGAGGGGACCCCACAGCUACCGACAGCCUUGGCCAGCACAGUGGUGGCCACGGGCAUGGAGAACCUGCCCACAGCCACUGCUGCUGGGACCUGGAGUGACAUGGAGAGCAGCCCAGGAGCUUGGGGAGAGGCCAACACCCCUGCAACACCAGUCAAUCCCACCAUCCCUGCCACCCCGAAGGAGGGCCUGGAGGAGGAGGACAUCAGGAACAUCAUUGGGCGCUGCAAGGACACGCUGUCCACCAUCUCAGGGCCCACCACCCAGAACACCUAUGGGCGCAACGAGGGAGCCUGGAUGAAGGACCCCCUGGCCCAGGAGGAGCGGAUCUAUGUCACCAACUACUACUAUGGAAACACACUGGUGGAGUUUAGGAACCUUGACAAUUUCAAGCAAGGUCGCUGGAGCAACUCCUACAAGCUCCCGUACAGCUGGAUUGGGACAGGGCACGUUGUCUACAACGGCUCCUUCUACUACAACCGAGCCUUCACGCGCAACAUCAUCAAAUACGACCUGAAGCAGCGCUACGUGGCCGCCUGGGCCAUGCUGCACGACGUGGCCUACGAGGAGCGGUGGCGAGGCCACUCAGACGUGGACUUCGCUGUGGAUGAGAACGGCCUGUGGGUCAUCUACCCAGCCAUCAACUAUGAGGGCUUCAGCCAGGAGGUGAUCGUGCUGAGCAAGCUGAACGCGGCCGACCUCAGCACCCAGAAGGAGACGACGUGGCGGACGGGGCUGCGGAAAAACUUCUACGGGAACUGCUUUGUCAUCUGUGGGGUCCUGUAUGCGGUCGACAGCUACAACAAGAGGAAUGCCAACAUCUCCUAUGCCUUUGACACCCACACCAACACCCAGAUCAUCCCCAGGCUGCUCUUUGAGAAUGAGUAUGCCUACACCACGCAGAUAGACUACAACCCCAAGGACCGUCUGCUCUAUGCCUGGGACAAUGGCCACCAAGUCACCUACCAUGUCAUCUUUGCCUACUGAGACCCCCCACCACAGUGGGGCACCACGAGCCAGGGGCCACCAGCACCUUUUAUUAUUAUUUUUAUUGUUAUUAUUGUUAUUUUGUACAAAUCGAAGAGUAAAUGAUGGGUAUUGUUUCAAGCUGGUUUUUUUAUGGUGGAUUGUAGAUCGAUCCCCAGGCCAGAACCACCUGCUUUGUCUUUGGUGUAUCUUUGCUUCUG